AUGAACGACGCGUUGGCAAGGAUGGCCAACGAGAAAAGAAGAGGAGGAGGAAAAUGCAGAUGUGGUGAUGUUCUCGACCAGACGUCGGCGUUGGUCCACGACCUUCACAGCAAAGACUCUGAACUUCAGUAUGUAUGGGCUGAAAACGUGGCACUCCGCAGUCUGCUGCGGGGGCUAACUCAGGAGUUGAGGGAGGAGGAGCAGACGAUGGAGGACUUGUAUGGUGACCUCAGUGGCUUCAUGAGGGAUAUUAACAUGCUUGAAAGAAAAAAAAAACUCCUACUCACAAUGGAGCAUGGCGUGCUCGUUAAUAACACGACACGUAUUCAAUCUUUUUUACAGGAGCAGAAGCAAACGCUCCGUUUGCAGCAAGAGGCUGCCGCCGCCGAGCAAAAACAGACUUCAAUACGGCUCCUUGUACAGAAGGAGCGUACCAACAAAUCGCUCAAUGACAGCAACAACACCGCGGCACUUCUCUACCCACUAAAAAAAAAAAAAGAACCCCAAAAAUUAGGUCUCUCUGGGGCUUUACAGGCGGUUUUUUUUUUUAUUUAA